AUGGACGCGUCAGGGCCGGUUUUCAUCAAGCUUGGCCAGUGGUUAUCGUCUCGGAGAGAUCUCCUCUCUGCGGAGCUGUGUGACGCAAUGGGGGUGCUUCACGAGCAUGUGAGUGCUCAACCUUCGGAGCAAGAUGCCGCAAUCGUUGAGGCAACGAUGCCAGGAAUUCUGGGAGCUGGUUGCAUUGCCCGGGUUUAUGAGGGAACUCUGCAUGGGCACCCAGUGGCCAUCAAAAUCCGCCGGGACAAUGUGGAGGAGUUCCUACAACUGGACUUUCAAUUCCUCAGGUGUGCUGCUUGUGUUGCAGAAACACUGUGGCCAAGCCUACAGUGGCUGAUGCUGCAGAGUGCGCUGAAAGACUUCAAGCACUACAUGCUGAGCCAGGUCGACUUGCAGCACGAGGCCUCCAACCUCAGACGCUUCGCAGACAAUCUCCAGAACAGCGUUGCCCAGGUGCCCAAGGUUUUCGCUGCAAGCGAGAAGAUCUUGAUUAUGGAACUUGUGGAGGGGCAGUCUUUGUCUCUAUUCCUACAACAUGAAAGGGAUCCGGUGCUCCGCCACAAAGUGUGGUCCAUCCUGUCUGAUCAAGCCGCCAAGAUGGUGUUGGCUGACAACUUCCUGCACGCAGAUUUGCAUCCAGGCAACAUAUUAGUGACCAUGAAGCAUGGCGAACCGAAGCUCACUUUCAUUGAUGCUGGUAUGGCUUUGGAGCUGCCACAGCUCUUGGUCGAUCAGCUUCGCUUGGCUAUGCGUGGUGCGCUCAACCGUGAUGCAGAGGCGCUGGGCCAGGCUUUAGUGGAUCUGCACCGUGCAGAAGGCCUUUGCACGGACACCAGCCCGUCCCUCCCGCACCGCUUGGGGGUGCUCGGACUCUGUUGCGUCUUCACUUGCGACGAGGCCCUCUGGGGUCAGCUCUUUAAAUCUCGGGCAGACUACUUUUCGGCUCGUACUCCGGAGUACUUUCACCGGAUGGCGGCCAUCAUGACCGACCACGAGGUGCGAGUAAGCCCGGUGCUCUGGUCGCUGCUGACCAGUUUCGCACUCGUGGAAG